AUGGAGGCUCAUUCUGAUUCGUCAGUCCCAGAUUCUUUUGAGUCGGAGGACGAGUUGGUCCUCGAGGAGCAGCCUGCUGAGGCUCCUGUUCUCCCGGAUGAUCAGAUUCUUGAUAUGCCUGCUGAUCAUCAGCCUGCUCCUGUCGAUCCAGAGCCCGAUAUAGUUCCGGAGCCCGUUCUUGCUCUUGAACCUGUUCAUGCAGAUGCUCCUGUUUUUGUACCACCAGUUAUUGAUGCUCCUGUCAUACCACCACCAGUCAUGGAGAUUCCAGUCAUGGCACCUCUGCCUGACCCCGUCUUUGCUGAAUUACCAGUCACUGCACCAUUAUUUCCCGAUUCGACCCAUGUGCACGCCGAUCAUGCACCUUUUGCUACUCUCAUAGACCCUCGUUAUGCGGACAACCAUAAUGGGUGGAUCGAGGAGGAUGACUACCCUCCGUAUGUGAUCCCAGUCACUCCCCCUACCGCACCUGUUACUGCACCACUCGAUAUUCCGUUGUUUCCCCCACACACCACAGACGUCCAGCGUACCGAUCUUCCGAUUACUUUCCUCUAG